AUGGAGAGAAGUCGUUUCCUCUUGUCAAUAACGUUGUUGCUGCUGCAGUACAGUUCUAUAGGUACAGGUGCAGCAAAAACCACCACCACCACCGACCAGUCUGCUCUUCUUGCUAUGAGAUCCCAUAUCACUAGUGACCCUCACAACAUCUUGGUCAACUGGUCAACCUCCACCUCCGUUUGCAACUGGGUUGGUGUUACUUGUGGUGCUCGUCACCUCAGAGUAGUAUCGUUGAAUCUCUCCUACAUGGUUUUCACUGGCACCAUUCCACCACACUUAGGCAAUCUCUCCUUCCUUGUUGCACUAAGCUUCAAAAAUAAUAGCUUUUACGGUACUUUGCCCCAUGAAUUGUCUUAUUUACGUCGCCUGAAGUUUAUUACCUUAGGAUUCAAUAAUUUUGUGGGAUCCAUUCCAUUGUGGUUUGGGUCCUUCCCCAAACUUCAAAGAUUGUAUUUGUAUGGAAAUCAGUUUUCAGGUACCGUACCUUCAACUAUCUUCAACUUGUCUACAUUGCAAGACAUAGAUCUAGGCACUAACAAACUAUCAGGUGCGAUACCCAGAGAAAUAGGAAACUUAACAAUGUUGAAGGGGAUAUACCUUGACUCCAACAAUUUCAAUGAAAUUCCAAAAGAGAUCGGCCUUUUAGAUCAAGUGGAGAUAUUGUAUGUGAGCUUAAACGCCCUAAAAGGCCCUGCUCCUGUGGCUGUUUUCAACAUGUGUUCUUUGACUAUGUUGAAUCUAUAUGGAAACAGCUUGAGUGGUGGUCUUCCAGACAAUAUAGGCCAACAUCUUCCUAGUCUUCAAUACUUGUAUUUGGGUGGCAACCAGCUUGAUGGUCCACUUCCAUCCAAAUUAUGGCAAUGCAAAGAGCUUCUUAUACUUAAUUUGGAGGAAAACAAUUUCAAUGGAAGCAUACCAAAAAAUAUCGGGAACUUAACAAUGAUGAAGGAGAUAUACCUCGACAACAACAAUUUGAGGGGCACUAUACCAGACGAGAUCGGUGAUCUUCCAAAUUUAGAGAUUUUGUCAUUCGGAGAUAACAAUCUCAAUGGUCUCAUCCCAUCCUCAGUCUUUAAUAUCUCCACAAUGAGAGCACUGUCGCUUUCUUUUAAUCAGCUAUCGGGUAGCCUCCCAGCAAACAUAGGCCUUGGACUUCCAAACCUACAACACCUCUAUCUUACAAAAGCUGGCCUCAGCGGAGCAAUCCCCAACCUCUCCAAUGCUUCUAUGCUCACCAAGCUUCAAUUGGGCACAAACAAAUUUACAGGGUUUAUUCCUACCACGCUAUGUGCCUUAACAAACCUUCAGUCGCUUCAGUUAGACGAUAAUAAUUUGAUGAUUGAUACUUCGACUCCAGAAGCAAACACUCUCUCUUGUUUGGCUAAUCUUGGAAAUUUGACAGAGCUAUACUUGGAAAAUAAUCCGUUAAAUGCCAGACUUGAUGAUUCCUUUCGGAAUGGCUCUUCUGCAUCCAAGCUUCAAUAUUUUGAUUUAACCAAUUCCAUCAUGAGCGGUAACAUUCCCAUUGGUAUUGGCAACUUAAGCAGCUUGGUAUCCUUAUACCUGGGAUACAAUGAAUUGAGUGGAUCAAUUCCAACUUCACUGGAAAGACUAGAGAAUCUCCAAAGUUUGUAUUUGGAUGGUAACAACUUGCAAGGAUACAUCCCAUAUCAACUUUGUCAACUAGAUAACUUGUUUGAGUUAUAUUUGGGUAGGAAUCAGCUCUCGGGUUCUAUACCUUCUUGCUUGGGAAAUCUAUCUGCGUCUCUAAGAACUCUAUCACUGGAGUUUAAUUCGUUGAGCUCCACAAUACCAUCUACUUUUUGGAGACUUGUCGAUAUCUUGUAUCUGUACUUAUCAUCCAAUUCUCUAAUUGGACCUCUCUCACAAGAUAUUGGAAACUUGAAAGUUGUGAUAGAGGUAGAUUUAUCAAAUAACCAUUUAUCUGGUAUUAUGCCAAGCACUAUUAGGGGUCUUCAGGAUUUGGUUAAUCUCUCCUUGGCAAAUAAUAAUUUGGAAGGCCCUAUUCCAAGUGCAUUUGACGGCUUGCUAAGCCUGGAACAAUUGGAUUUAUCUAGAAACAAUCUGUCUGGAGUGAUUCCCAAGUCUUUAGAAGCUCUGUCACUUCUCAAAUAUAUGGAUUUGUCUUUCAACAAGCUCAAAGGAGAAAUUCCAACUGGUGGACCGUUCCAAAACUUCUCCGCUCAAUCAUUUGUCUCAAACAAAGCACUCUGUGGUGCAGCCCGACUUCAGGUUCCACCAUGCAAAAAUGGUACACUUGAACCAAAUUGGAAGAAAGCUAAAUAUAUCAUUCUUGGGAUCAUAUCAAUAAUUCUCUUUGUGGCCUCUGUAUCUAUCUUUGUACUAUGUAGGAAAAGGAAAGUGGAGGUUGCAGGAGAGGCUACCUCUUUGCCUGAAUUUCUUUGGAGAAGAGUUUCACAUCUUGAACUUCUAAGGGGCACAAAUGGAUUUAAUGAAAACAACCUACUUGGAAGUGGGGGUUUUGGUUCAGUAUAUAAAGGGACACUUUCAGAUGGGAUAAAUGUUGCAGUAAAGGUUUUCAAUUUACAGCUAGAGGAGGCUUUCAAGGGUUUUGACAGAGAAUGUGAAAUACUAAGCAAUAUUUGUCAUCGAAAUCUUAUAAAAAUCAUCAGCUGUUGCAGUGAAAUUGAUUUCAAAGCCCUAGUAUUGAAUUACAUGCCAAAUGGGAGCCUACAGAAGUGGUUGUAUUUUGAAAACUAUUCUUUGAAUAUAUUAGAGAGGUUGAACAUAAUGAUAGAUGCUGCAUCUGCACUGGAAUACCUACACCAUGGUUAUUCAAUACCUAUUGUGCACUGUGAUAUGAAGCCAAGCAAUAUACUACUGGAUGAUGAUAUGGUUGCACAUGUUGCUGACUUUGGAAUUGCAAAACUCUUGGGUAGAGGAGAUUCUAUUACCCAAACCAUGACUCUAGCCACUGUUGGGUAUAUGGCUCCAGAGUAUGGAUUGGAAGGAAUGGUUUCAACAAGAGGGGAUGUGUACAGUUUCGGAAUUGUAGUGAUGGAAACAUUCACAAGAAGGAAGCCAACAGAUGAGAUGUUUGAUGGGGAAAUGAAUAUAAAGCAAUGGAUUGCAAAGUCACUAGUAUUACCAGAUGCAAAGAUAGAUGAAGUUGUAGAUUCCAAUUUGCUUGGGAUUGGGAUAGAGCUGGAAGAUGAUGAUCAUGUGAGGAAGAGGGAUUGCAUAUCAGCCAUUAUGAGAUUAGCUCUUACUUGCUGUGCAGAAUCACCAGAAGAGAGGAUAAGUAUGAAAGAAGCUGUAGCCACACUUAACAAAAUCAAGACAAAAUUUUUGAAGGAUGGUGUUGCAGGAAGAGGUGUGCUAUUAAACCGUCCUCUUGUUCAACAGCGCUUCAAUUAA